GUGCCGAUAAAAACAUGGAGAACGACGAGCCGCUCUUCUUCAGCUCCUCCUCAGACGAAGAGCAGGACGAAGACCAACCAAUCAGAGAGCAGGACGGCGCCUCGCAACCAGUCAACCCUCGCAAGAGACCUGCGGGAGGACACACCCCCCUGGACCUCGCCAAGUGCCAAAAGGUGAGGAACCUGUUAAACUCCAGACAGAGUCCGAAGUCGAGUCGUCACAGCAGUAAGAAGAUGAAAUCGAGCAGCUCUGAAGUGACCGAGGCUCCGGGGCUGGACGAGGACACGCUGUCCCGCCUGGUGGAGGUGCUGAGUGUCGGAGACGUCCCCUGGAAGAAGCUGGCGGAGCAGCUGGGGAUGAUGACGCUGACUCACCUGUACCUGGACAGUCCCACGCCCUGCCACCACCUGCUGCAGCACUACCAGCUGGGCGGCGGUCCGGUCGAAGGUCUGGUUGACGCUCUUCAGUCUCUCGGUCUGACGGAGGGAGUCCGACUGCUGAGGAACGCCGAGCUGCGAGACGACAAACACAGCACAGGUAAACAAAAAUGGAAUAAAAUAGAAAUAAUUGAAUUAAAAAAAUUAAAUUAAAUUAAAUUUUUUAAA